CAAACGGUAACACUUGCAACCUCCAAUUUCCACAUCUUUCCUGUGUUCGUUAUCUACUCACAAAAACCACCAAAUCCUCCAUUUUGACUCAAACUAUGGCCUUUCCCCAUUUUCUCUCUCCUAAUUCCAAAUUUACAAUCGCCACCGUUUCCAACCCCACGCCACCACCACCCCACAAUUAACAUGCCCCAAUCACAACCACCGCAUCCACCGUCCAAUCAGUACAAUCCAAAGAAUCCAACGGUCAAUAAUCAACCACCUCUCCCAUCCUUCUCAAAAUCUGCUAACCUCCCUGACUUUCUCCUCACAGCUCUCUCUGUCUUCCUCUUCAUCACCGCCCCCAAACAUCACCUUCCUCCGCGCGCAAUUUCUCUCUCCUCCCCUCCUCCGUCUACUAAUCGCCGCUUCAUUCGCCUCACUUCCGCCAUGUCCCAAAAUUCUAGCCCUAACCCUAAUUCCCGCGCCUUUCCCACUCCUCAAUCUCUCUCCGAUUGGCUUAAACCUCGAUUACCAUCCGAUUCUUUUUCUGCUUGGGGCACAAGACCCGGCACUAAAAACGUUCAUAAUCUAUGGCUUGAGCUCGCUGAUGGUGAAACUUUUCUCGUCGAUGAAAUUCCCCCAAUUCGGAAUUUAGAGGUAGCUUGUGUUAGAGUUUUGGGUAAUAAUAAUAUGGUUUUGGUUGAAUCUCAUCAGGAGUUAUCUGAUGGGUCCAUACGUAAAAGAAAUCGUCCGUUAUCGGAGAAAUUGAAGUCCGGUGAGGACAUAGAGGCCGCCGCAAAACGGGCUAUUAAAGAAGAAUUGGGGUCUGCGAUUUUUAGGGUUAAUGAUGGUGGAAAAACUGUGCAAUUUGAUGAGAUUGUAAGGAUUGUGAUGGAUUCUUAUGGGAAGAAGGUUGAAGAAAGGACAUCAGUUUCAUAUCCGGGUUUGCCAGCUUGUUAUGUAUUGCAUACUGUGGAUGCUUUUGUGGAGGGGUUGCCUGAGGGUGAGUUUUCUACUGAGGAGGAGACAGAGUAUGAAGGUUGUGGUAAUGAGGUUGUGGACGAAGCAGUUUCUGUAAAGAAGCAUUUCUGGAAAUGGGUUCCUGCUGAUUCAGUGUGAUUUGGGUAGUGGCGGCUGAACCUUAUCGCAUUCGUGCUAGCGGAGAUGGGUGUGGCCUGUGGCGGUUGCGAUGUACAAAGUUUGAUUCUUGCUCCUCAUGAUGAAUCAUGAUGAAUCAGUUGGUGAGUUUUGAGAACCCUCAAUUGUUGCCCUGAAUUCAGUUUAACUAGUUGUAGUUAUUGUUUUGAUGGUUGUGAGGAGUUCUAUACUUUAUACAGUAUCGUGUUUCUCUUUUGCUUCUUUCGGUGUAGGAUGUAUGCCAUUUACAGUUUUGAUUCAUGUGAUGUGUAAAUAUAUAAUGUCUACCAACUCUACAUUUUUGGAGCUUGAGUCUUAUACGAAAUGAAAUAAAAGUAAAUAAUUUUGUUUCUUGGUGUAAA